AGACCAGACUGGACUGUACGUUAAGCACUCUUGGAAUCCUGGAUUCAUCGUGUCCCUCAUAUGAAGAAGGGACUGUCGAUCCACCAAGCCACGGCACAGGGCCUUUGUCUGACUGGUCACAUCCCUCCCACCCCACGGUUUGGGGACAAUUGCCCCAGGGGACGACACUUUGUGAUCAACUUGACGUCACCGGCUCGCGCGAUGAUGUCGAUGUCGCUCAUUUUGCCUUCGAUGAUGGGUAUAUAACAUCCCGAAAGUGACAGGUGGAGUGAACUCCCUAAGCUUGAACCAGGCAGAACCUUUUUUUUUUUCGUUAAACAAAGAAUCACGAUGAAUACUACUUCGCAGACCCCAUACUUCGAUACCAACGCCGCGGCCACCGGCACUGCUACCCAAGCUGGGAUCACCAGCACAGGCGAUGCCAGGACCGGCCCGGCCCCGACCACUGCUGGACCGCAUGGCUCCGACAUGGCCAACAAGGCCGAUCCCCGCGUCGACAGCGAUUUGAACAACCGCGCCCAGUACGCUCCCGGCACGACCACCUCGGGCAACGUGCACCCGCAGGCCACCGCGGGGACCGCAACCACCUCGACGUCGGGCACCUCGACGCGGGGCCCGCACAGCUCCUCGCUGUUGAAUAAGCUGGACCCUCGCGUGAACAGCCGCACGGGGGAGAUGUCCACCAAAUCUACAAACCAGUCGGGCUCAGGUGCGAUGCGCGAACCGACCGAUACGACAGGCACCGGCACUGGCACCGCAGGCGGAGUAGGCUAUCAGCCUACGGUGCCUUCCUCUAGUCAGGGGACGCGGGCGGCCGGCGGUGCUAAUCCUAGUACUACCGCUACCGCCGGCGCUGCUGACACUACCACCACUGUUCCUGCUACUGGCACUACUGGCACAACAACAGCUGGCGGUCAGUCGGCGCGCACGGGCGAGAAUGUCGGGCGCGGGGUUAAAUCGGUAGCGGCGGGGAUCCACGGGGCCGGAGAAUCGCUACGCGGUGGACUCACCGCAGCUGUAGACUCAGCCUUUGGCCACGAUCAGGGUGCGGCUAAGAACGCAGCCAUUGCGGACAAGGGCGAGCGAGAGAUCGAGACUGGGCAGUUUGGGCGCUCGCACUGAAACAACUUGGCCUCUAGUUCGGGACUUCUCGUUCGGGAUUUUUAUGCGAUUACGAUGAUACGACUGAUGCUGAUGCUUGUUGUUUGAUUGUUUUCUCUGAUUAGUCGACAGAGUGGAUCCAGCCAGAUGGCUGCCUGUUUGUAGCCAACGAUUGUCGAUUGUCGAUUGUGAUGGUGUAAUGAGUAACUAUGUACAGUACUUUGUUUGUAUUAUAUAUGUAUAAUUGUAUCCAGUAUGUGCACUGUUUAGGUAUGCAAAUGAAGC